AUGAGGUACGUCAGCACGCGCGGCUUCAAGUACGCGAGCCUCGAGGAUGUCAUCCUGAACGGUUUCGCCCCCGACGGCGGGCUGUACGUCCCCGAGCGCAUCCCCGUCGUGGAACCCGACACGUUGCGAUCGUGGUCCGGACUGACCUUCCCGCAGCUAGCGUUCGAGGUGCUCUCGCUGUUCAUCGAGCCGUCGGACGUCGACCCGAGCGACCUGAGGCGGCUGCUGGACGAGUCGUUCGCCGCGUUCGACCACCCGGACGUCGCGCCGCUGGCAAAGACGCCGGAUAUGCUCGUCCUCGAGCUGUUUCACGGCCCCACGAUGUCGUUCAAGGAUGUCGCCAUGGGGUUCCUCAUCUCCCUCACCGACCACUUCCUGCGCCGGCGGAACGAGCGACGCAACGUGCUCGUGGCGACGACGGGAGACACCGGCCCGGCCGCCGCGCACGCCGCCAUCGGCCGCGAUCGCGUUCACGCGUGGGUCCUAUACCCGACCGGCGGGUUCAUCUCGGACACCCAGGAGCGGCAGAUGACCACCAUCGACGAGCCCAACGUGCACGCCGUCGGCGUCGGCGGAUGCGCCGACGGCGGCGACGACCUCGACGCCAUCGUCGCCAAACUCUUCGCGGACGAGUCCCUGCGUGAGGAGUGCGGCCUCGGGAGCGUCAACAGCGUCAACUGGGGCCGAGUCGCGUGCCAGACGGUGCACUACUUCUGGGCCUAUCUCGCCGCGGUCGGACCCGACGGGCUCGCCGCGGGGGAGCGCGUCGCGUUCGCGGUGCCGUGCGGGGCGUUCGGUAACCUCUUCGCCGGGUACGUGGCCAGACGCGCGGGGCUGCCGAUCGCGCGACUCAUCGCCGCGACAAACUCCAACGGCGCGGUGCACGACGUCUUUGCCACCGGCGUCUGGCGCCGACGACCGCUGAUCAACACCGUCUCCUCAGCGAUCGACAUCGUCGUCCCGUACAACUUCUGGAGGACGAUGUACUUCGCGCUCGGCGAGGACGCCGCCGCGCUGAGGGCCACGCAGGACACGUACGCGUCGACAGGGGAGGCUCGGAUACCGAACGCCGCGUUGGAACAUUUGCGUGAGAUUUUUUGGUCCGCCUCGGUGGACGACGACGCGACGCUGGCAACGAUCGGGACGUUCUACGGGUCGAGCGCGCGUCCGCCCGAUGCGGGUCGUUACCUCGUGUGCCCGCACACGUCGGUGGCGGCGGUGGCGGCGGCGCGGGCGCGGGCGCACGAUCCCGAGGUGGGAGGUCGUAAGGUUAUCGUCCUGGCCACAGCGUCGCCUUGUAAAUUCCCGGAGGUUAUCCGGAGGGCCCUG